AUGGUAGAAGACCUGGAGGAGUUUGAGAUCCAACAGAUUUUAGAUUUGAGGUUUUGCAGAAGACAAUUGCUAUAUUUAGUGUCAUGGAAAGGUUAUGGACCUGCAAAAAACUCUUGGGUACAAAGUCAGGAUUUACAUGCCCCAGACUUGCAGAGACAGUUCCACCGUAUGUACCCUCACGAGCCCAAACCCAGAGGGUGGGGGGAAGAGAACAACCUCAGCAAAGAAGAAGAUGAUAAGGAGAGGGAUACAGGGUGGGAGCUGGUACUGAGAGAGCCCUCUGUGGCAGGCAGCGAGGCCGUGAAGGAAGCGGGGCUUAGAGAACGGGGUGAUAGACUUCCGGUCGAGCCACAGACCCGUCGCAAGCGGGAUUUUCUCGGGAAGAGAAAGUCCGUGUUCUCGAGGGUAAACGGGGGUGCUACAGGGCAUGGUAGCCCCCCAAAACCCCUCUGGAGGGAAACCAGAGGGUCAGGAUCCCAGCGGAGCCGUUUGCAGAUCGCCCGGCCGUCAGGUAACUCCGUAACAGGAGCGAAGAGAACGGCGGGCGGAGAAAGCAGGCACCGGGAAGCCAUUGUCUCACCCUCGAGAACGCAGCCCCAGGCUUGCAGGGCGAGUGACAGAUUCUCAAAAGCAAGGAACUUGAGCCGAAUUUGGAUUACAAUUGGAAUACACAAAAGGAAGGCUUUGGAAAAGAGGGAGAAAAAAGAGGUCAGUUUUGUCUGUAAUCAGAGAACAACGCAAGACUACGAGCGGAGCGCGGAGGGGAGGUUGGUGACACGGCAAGCGGUUUGA